AUGCCCAACUUGAACACGGCCCGAUUUACCGGUGAGGAGGAUCUUCCCAACCUCGAGCAGCACAACAACCACAUGGCUCAUGUGCUCACUCUUGAUCUCUACAAGAACCUCCGACAGAAGCAGACUCCCUCUGGAUUCACCAUCGAUCAUGUUAUCCAGACCGGUGUCGACAAUCCCGGCCACCCCUUCAUCAUGACUGUCGGUGCCGUUGCUGGUGAUGAAGAAUCCUACGAAGUUUUCGCCGAUCUCUUCGACCCCAUCAUCGAAGCCCGACACAACGGUUACCAGAAAACUGACAAGCACAAGACUGACCUCGACUCCUCCAAGAUCAAGAUGGACGCCCCCUUUGACUCCAACUACGUUUCUUCUGCCCGAGUUCGAACUGGACGAUCUAUUCGAGGUUACGCCCUUCCCCCCUGGUGCACUCGAGCCGAGCGACGACAGGUCGAAGCCGUCGCCUGCGAAGCUCUUGCUAAGCUCGAUGGUGAGCUCAAGGGCAAGUACUACGGUCUUUCCAACAUGUCUGAGAAGGACCAGGAUCAGCUCAUUGCUGAUCACUUCCUCUUCGAUCGACCAGUUUCUCCACUUCUUACUUGCGCUGGUAUGGCCCGAGACUGGCCCGACUCCCGAGGUAUCUGGCACAACGACAAGAAGAAUUUCCUCGUCUGGGUCAACGAAGAAGAUCAUCUCCGGGUCAUUUCUAUGCAGAAGGAUGGUGACAUGAAGGCCGUCUUCUCCCGAUUCUGCGACGGUCUCAAGAAGUUCGAAUCCAACCUCCAGGAAGGUGGCUACGAAAUUAUGUGGAACGAGCACCUCGGAUACAUCCUCACUUGCCCAUCUAACCUCGGAACUGGUAUUCGAGCUGGUGUCCACUGCAAGCUUAUCAACCUUUCCAAGCACGCUCGAUUCGAAGAAAUCCUUACCAAGCUCCGACUCCAGAAGCGAGGUGCUGGUGGUGUUGACUGCGCUGCUGAGGGUGGUGUUUAUGACAUCUCCAACGCUGAUCGACUUGGUUUCUCUGAGGUUCAGCUGGUCCAGAUGGUCAUCGACGGUGUUAACUUCCUCAUCGCCAUGGAAAAGAAGCUCGAAGCUGGAGAAAAGAUCGAUGGUGAAGUUGACCGACUCCAGCAAAAGUAA